UUUUAGUUGGGGGAUAAUAUCAACCAAUAACAAACGAUUUCAGAAAGAGAAUAUCGCGAGAGCGUUCUAUCGUCGAUUGCUGGUUAAGCUUGGAGUAGAGUCUUCUCUUUCUCAAUUUGUUUCCUAACAAGACAUCUGCAAUAGAAGGAAGAGAGGAGAAAAGAAGAGAAAUCAAAAAUUAUUUUGCCAUUUGUACUUUUUAUUGCCAAAAUCAAGAAUCAAAAAGAGAUACGAAAAGUAUUGCACUUGUACAAACAAUAUAUAUAAUUUGCUGUUGGCCAAAAAUAUUCUUUUUGAAUUUUUGUUAUCUACUACCAAGAGGAAAAGCGAAAGAGAGAGAGAGGGAGGGAUACAGAGAGCCAAAGAGUAGAGCAAAGAUUGUGUGUCAGUAAGUAAAAAUAAGAGACAGGGUGAAGGACAGAGCUGGGCAAAAGGAAGAGGACUGGGAGAUAAAAGGAAAGAGAGGGAAUUAUUGAAAGCUUCUAAUAGGAUGAGAAUGACAAAACUUUGGAUUUGAUAAAGAAAAAGCGAUAUAGUUUGGUCGUUUUAUUUAUCCAAUAAACCUUAAAAUCAAGGAGGAAAGGAAGGAAGGAAAAGAGAAAGGAGAGAAAAUCGGUCAUUCACGUAAAAUGCCUCUGUCUGGAAACAACUCAAGUUUGGUUGAUAACUCGAAAAAUAAUUUUUACGGAACCCCGCCUGUUCAAAUCAACUAUCAAUCAACAGCAUGGAAAAUUCAGGCUAUGUAUCUUAUAUUGUGCCCAAUUGUGUUUCUAAUUGGUAUUGGUGGAAAUCUUUUGGCUACUAUUGUUCUUAGAUCAAAGUCUUUUCGAAAGGUGCCAUCAUCCAGAGUUUUAGUAGCUUUAGCGAUUGUUGAUUCACUUGUAUUGUUGGUUGGCGUUCUAAGAGUUUUCACUACAUCUGUAAGCGAAAAAGAAAUAAGAAAUGUAAAUACCGGUCUUUGCAAAUUGCAACCAUUUCUAGAAUUUUGGAUGACUCACUCAUCAGCAUGGCUCCUAGUUCUCGUUACGGGUAUGAGAGCAUUGAGUUUAAUAUCUCCACUAAAGGUUAAAGCUUGGAUUACGCAUCGGGUCGAGUGGAUUUCUAUAAUAAUUGUUCUUUUGGUUACAUUCGCUUCUAAUUCAUAUGUUUUAUUCGGUAUGAAACUGGAAAGUAAGACUAAAACAAUAAGAGUGUGCCACGACGGCUGGAAUAAAGGAUUGAGUGAAGCUAGAGAACUUUUCGAUCAAAUAUUCGGCAGUUUUAUCCCUUUUGCCUUUAUCCUGACGGGAAACUUGAUCAUCCUUUCCUUAAUGUUAAGAUCGAGGAGAACUCAACAGAAUCUAACGCAAGGUUCUAUAAAUAAAGAUCAGAAUAAGAUCAAGUCAACAACCAUCAUGCUUCUAACAGUCAGCUUUGCAUUUCUCGUAACGACUGCUCCAUUGCUCGUUUUCUCGAGAGAGUUUAAUAACAUUCAAGCCCGCAUUGGUCCAGAUAAUACUGGUUUGCUUUGGAAUAGUUUUCAAAUACUAUUCUAUUCUAAUUAUAUAUUGAACUUUUACUUGUAUUGUGCCUCUGGUAAAGCAUUUAGAUUAGCUCUUAUAAAAAUCCUAAGUCCUGAAAGUACAAGAAAAUUUUCGAAUGGUUCACACGGCCAAACACAAAACUGCACAGUAACUUCAAGGGGAAUUUAAUGUAUUUAUAAUUCUACAUCUAUAUAUAUAUUCACUUGUCUCCAGAUAACACUAAAUCACUCUAACAGCACAGUAUCAUGUCUGCAAAAGACACCUUACUACAAACUAUAGAUAACUCACAAACUACUUUAUCAAUAUUUUUAUAUCAUUGUUUUCUUUUCAUAAUUGAUGAAUUAGGUUACUGAUUUUUUAAUUCCCUUUGGUAUUAAUCAUUUUAUCUUGAACAGUAAAUAACUUUUUACCUUAAUAUUUUAUAUAUUCAGAAAAUUCAAUUGUUUGUAUUAUCGUUAACAGAACGCCGAGAAGUUUUGCUUCUUUUUACGUUUCCUUUGUUUCUAUGUAGUUUUCCUUGUAUUUCUCUUUUGUAAUUAUUGAAAAAAACAAGAGCUAAACUAAUAAUAAGGGUUAUUAUAAACAUAUGAAAGAGGAUACAAUGUAUAUAGUAAAAAAGGUUUUGAUAAGUUUCUUUCAGUGCCAAAGAUUUUUUGUUUUGAGUUAAUCAACGAAAAACUCGUACAGAAAAAGCUUAAAAUUGCUUAGAGGGAUCUGGGUAUUGACGAUAAUAAUUGAUGAAUAUACGGUAAUAUAUUACAUACAUGUAUACUUUAUUAUUAAAGCUAGAAGGCAAAUUUCGUACACGCAAACGGUAAAUACAGAGUAUUAUUGAUACUGUAUGUAUAUUAUAUGUACAUAAUCUUUUGAUUAGUAGAGAGAAGGAUCAGCAUUCAGUAUAAGAAUAGAUUUCACAAAGAAAGGCAAAGUUAUUAGUAUUUUUUGUAAAUUAUUGAAAUUAUAUCUGAAAAGCACUUCCCAGUUCAACCAUAUUAAUAAAUCAUUUGUACUUAUUACAAUUUACCAACACUGAAGCAUGAAUUAUUCAUAAAACUAGAUCUAUAUUAUCUCAGUGCAAACCAUUAAACUGAACAAAGUUUAAGGAAUGCAUUAAAAGUACUUGUACAACCUUUUUGAAUUAUUCAAAACGUUCUUAAUUAAACUUUGGCGUUUACGUGACAUAAAAUUCAAUGUUAAAGUUUCCUUACAAAAAGUUGCGAAAAGUAAGUCAAGUAAGAUAAACAAAUGAUCAAAGUAUUUGUUACAACAUUAAAAUUUAAAUAAAUAAACAAAUAAAUAAAUAUUGUAUAUGAUGUUUUUUUAUAGAAAACGUAUUGUUGUUGUUGUUGAAAAAAAGUAAAUACACAGUAAUAUCUACUUUAUAAAAGAAGAGUAAUUGCAAGAGAAAACAUCACGCAGACAUUCCCUUCUCCUAUCUCUUUGAUACUUUGAUACUUAUUUUCUUUUUUUUUUGAUAUAAUCAAUAAAUAAACCAAAUCAUUUGAAUUGAAAUCACUGCGAAUGGA